UUGACUUCCGGCGGCAUUUUGAGUCGGUUCUCCUAGCGGCCUGGUAGUGUUUUCGUCGCCUUUUCUUACCUUCCACUCUCUCUUCGUUCUUUUUCUUCCUACGUGUCAGUCUAAUUUGACCCUGGCAAGGGGCGGGCGGGUUCUACUUCUCAGCCACCCUGGGGACCCCUCGCUAGCGGAGGGCCGGUUCCCGGGAGUCGCGCGCGCACCUCCUUCUUCUCGUCGUCGUCUUCCCGGGGCCCGGCGCGGGGACAGAGAGUCGCCUCCCCCGCUCCUCGGAGCGGUGGUGGCGGUAGCGCCUCCAGACUGAGCUUGCAACGAGAGCUCGGGGAAGAGUAGUACAAAAUGUCAAAAAUUAGAAGGAAGGUCACAGUGGAAAAUACCAAGACCAUAUCUGAUAGCACAUCCCGAAGACCCAGUGUAUUUGAGAGGCUUGGACCCAGCACUGGCAGUACAGCAGAGACACAGUGCCGUAAUUGGCUGAAGACUGGCAACUGCCUCUAUGGAAACACAUGUAGAUUCGUACAUGGCCCUUCACCCCGUGGUAAAGGUUAUAGCAGCAAUUAUAGAAGGUCACCAGAAAGACCUACAGGGGACCUUAGAGAAAGAAUGAAGAACAAGCGCCAAGAUGUGGACACUGAGUCCCAGAAACGAAAUACAGAGGAGUCAUCCUCACCUGUUAGGAAAGAAUCUUCAAGAGGGAGACAUAGGGAAAAGGAAGACAUUAAAAUCACUAAGGAGAGAACUCCGGAAAGUGAAGAAGAGAAUGUAGAAUGGGAAACUAAUAGAGAUGAUUCUGACAAUGGAGAUAUUAAUUAUGAUUAUGUUCAUGAGUUGUCAUUGGAAAUGAAGCGUCAAAAAAUACAGAGGGAAUUAAUGAAGCUCGAACAAGAAAACAUGGACAAGAGAGAAGAAAUUAUUAUUAAAAAGGAGGUUUCACCAGAAGUGAUUAGAUCAAAAUUAUCUCCAUCUCCUUCACUAAGAAAGUCGAGCAAAUCCCCAAAGCGAAAGUCAAGCCCUAAAUCAUCAUCUUCAGCAAGCAAGAAAGACCGGAAGGCAACUGCAGUAUCUUCACCCUUGUUGGACCAGCAGAGGAAUUCAAAAGGCAACCAGAGUAAAAAGAAAGGACCUCGAACUCCUAGUCCACCCCCUCCUUUACAGGAAGAUAUUGUUCUGGGGAAAAAAUAUAAAGAAAAGUAUAAAGUAAAAGACAGGAUAGAAGAAAAACCAAGAGACGGAAAGGACAGAGGACGAGAUUUUGAAAGACAAAGAGAAAAAAGAGACAAGCCAAGGUCUACUUCCCCUGUAGGACAGCAUCAUUCUCCUAUAUCCUCUAGACAUCACUCAUCUUCCUCACAGUCAGGAUCAUCUAUUCAAAGACAUUCUCCUUCUCCUCGUCGAAAAAGAACUCCUUCGCCAUCUUAUCAGAGGACAAUAACUCCACCUUUACGACGCUCUGCUUCUCCUUACCCUUCACAUUCUCUGUCUUCUCCUCAGAGAAAACAAAGUCCCCCAAGACAUCGCUCUCCAAUGCGAGAGAAAGGGAGGCAUGACCAUGAGCGAACUUCACAGUCUCAUGAUCGACGUCAUGAAAGAAGGGAAGAGACCAGAAGCAAAAGGGAUAGAGAAAAGGACACAAGAGAAGAACGAGAGUAUGAACAAGAUCUGAGCUCUUCUAGAGACCACAGAGAUGACCGAGAGCCUCGAGAUGCUCGGGAUCGAAGAGAUGCCAGGGAUACUAGAGACCGACGGGAACUGAGGGACUCCAGAGACAUUCGGGACUCCAGGGAGAUGAGAGAUUAUAGCAGAGAUAACAAAGAGAGCCGUGAUCCCAGAGAUUCUCGGUCUGCUCGUGAUACCCAUGACUACAGGGACCGUGAAAGUCGAGACAGCCAUCGAAAGGAGGAUGCCUAUCAGGAAGAAUCCCGAAGUUACGGCAGAAACCAUUUGAGAGAAGAAAGUUCUCGUACUGAAAUAAGGAAUGAUGCCAGAAAUGAGUCUCGAAGUGAAAUUAGAAAUGACCGGAUGGGCAGAAGUAGGGGGAGAGGUCCAGAAUUACCUGAAAAGGGAAGUCGAGGCACAAGAGGUUCUCAAAUUGAUAGUCACAGUAGUAGUAGCAACUAUCAUGACAGCUGGGAAACUCGAAGUAGCUAUCCUGAAAGAGACAGAUACCCUGAAAGAGACAACAGAGAUCAAGCAAGGGAUUCUUCCUUUGAGAGAAGACAUGGAGAGAGAGACCGUCGUGACAACAGAGAGAGAGAUCAAAGACCAAGUUCACCAAUUCGACAUCAGGGAAGGAAUGACGAGCUUGAGCGUGAUGAAAGAAGAGAGGAACGAAGAGUAGACAGAGUGGAGGAUAGAAGAGAUGAAAGGGCUAGAGAAAGAGACAGGGAGCGAGAGCGAGACCGAGAGCGCGAGAGGGAGAGGGAGCGUGAGCGGGAUCGGGAAAGAGAGAAGGAGAGAGAAUUGGAAAGAGAGCGUGCCAGGGAGCGGGAGAGAGAAAGAGAAAGAGAAAAAGAGAGGGACCGUGAAAGAGAGCGAGAUCGUGACCAUGAUCGAGAGAGGGAGAGAGAGAGGGAGCGAGAUAGGGAAAAAGAGCGGGAGCGAGAAAGAGAAGAGCGGGAGAGAGAGAGAGAACGAGAACGGGAGAGGGAGAGGGAGAGAGAGCGAGAGCGGGAACGAGAGAGAGCGAGAGAAAGAGAGAAAGAACGAGAGCGUCAGAGGGAUUGGGAAGACAAAGACAAAGGACGAGAUGACCGCAGAGAAAAGCGGGAAGAUACCCGAGAAGACCGGAAUCCCAGAGAUGGACACGAUGAGAGAAAGUCAAAGAAGCGCUAUAGAAAUGAAGGGAGUCCUAGCCCUCGUCAGUCACCUAAGCGCCGGCGAGAACAUUCUCCCGACAGUGACACCUACAACAGUGGAGAUGAUAAAAAUGAAAAACAUAGACUCUUGAGCCAGGUUGUACGACCUCAAGAGUCUCGUUCUCUCAGUCCAUCACACCUUCCAGAAGACAGGCAGGGUAGAUGGAAAGAGGAAGAUCGUAAACUGGAAAGAAAAGAGAGUUCAAGGCGCUAUGAAGAGCAGGAGCUCAAAGAGAAAGUUUCUUCUGUAGAUAAACAGAGAGAACAGACAGAAAUCCCAGAAAGCUCAAGAACUCGUGGGCAAGACAUGAUAGGACACCACCUGUCUGAUGAGCGAGACACAUCCGAUCGAGCUCAUGAAGAGAACAAGAAAAAAGCAAAAAUUCAGAAGAAACCUGUUAAGAAAAAGAAAGAGGAUGAUGUAGUGAUAGAGAGGGGUAACACAGAGACAGUGUCUGAAGAUACUCAAGUAUUUUCACCGAAAAAAGGACAGAAGAAGAAAAGUAUGGAAAAGAAACGUAAGAAAUCCAAAGGCGAUUCUGAUAUUUCUGAUGAAGAAGCAGUCCUGCAGAGUAAGAAGAAGAGAGGCCCGCGAACUCCCCCUUUGACAGCCAAAGAAGAAUUGGUUGAAAUGACCAAUGGUAAGGAUGGCCAUCUAGAGGAUUCUCAGAAAAAAGAAGAUACGGCGUUCAGUGACUGGUCUGACGAGGACGUGCCUGACCGUGCAGAGGUGGCGGAAGCGGAGCAUUCUGCCACCACUGCCACUCCUGGAAGGACUCCUUCUCCGUCCUCUCUUCCUCCCCCUCCUCCUCCAGCGGCUACUGCUUCUACGUCCACCCCCGCUACUCUUGCCACUUCUGCCUCCGCCACCAGCAUUUCCUCUGCCACCCCAACCAAUAGCACCAAUGAAGACUCGCACAGGAAGUGCCAUAGAACACGUGCGGAGAAAGUGGAGGCGCCUCACGUUACCAUAGAAGAGGCGCCACAUCGCAAGCCGGUGGAUCAGAAGAGGAGUAGCAGCCUCGGGAGCAAUCGCAGUAAUCGGAGUCACACAUCUGGUCGUCUCCGCUCGCCAUCCACUGAUUCUGCCCAUCGGAGUGGAGAUGACCAGAGUGGUCGAAAGAGAGUACUACAUAGUGGCUCAAGAGAUAGAGAGAAAACAAAAAGUCUGGAGAUCACAGGAGAGAGGAAAUCUAGAAUUGAUCAGUUAAAGCGUGGAGAACCCAGUCGAAGUACUUCUUCAGAUCGCCAGGAUUCAAGGAGCCAUAGUUCAAGAAGAAGUUCUCCUGAGUCGGAUCGACAGGUCCAUUCAAGAUCCGGGUCGUUUGAUAGCAGAGAUAGGCUUCAAGAACGUGAUCGAUAUGAGCAUGAUAGAGACCGGGACAGAGAGAGGAGAGACACAAGACAGAGAGAAUGGGACCGAGAUGCCGAUAAAGAUUGGCCACGGAACAGGGACCGAGAUAGAUUGCGGGAACGAGAGAGAGAACGAGACAAAAGGAGAGAUUUGGACAGGGAAAGAGAGAGACUCAUUUCUGAUUGUAUGGAAAGGGACAGGGACAGAGACAGAGACAGAACUUUUGAGAGUUCUUCUCAAAUAGAGUCUGUAAAACGCAGUGAAGCAAAACUGGAGAGUGAACAUGAAAGAGACCUAGAAGGCACUUCCCGAGACUCUCUUGCUUUGGAUAAAGAAAAAAUGGAUAAAGAUCUAGGAUCCAUGCAGGGAUUUGAAGAUCUGAACAAAGCUGAGAGAACUGAGAGUUUGGAAGUAGGAGAUGACGAAUCCAAGUUAGAUGACGCACAUUCAUUAGGAUCAGGUGCUGGAGAAGGAUAUGAGCCAAUCAGUGACGAUGAACUGGAUGAAAUUCUAGCAGGUGAUGCCGAAAAGAGGGAAGACCAACAGGAUGAGGAGAAGAUGCCAGAUCCAUUAGAUGUGAUAGAUGUGGAUUGGUCUGGUCUUAUGCCAAAGCAUCCAAAAGAACCACGGGAGCCAGGGGCUGCCCUUUUAAAAUUCACACCUGGAGCUGUUAUGCUGAGAGUUGGGAUUUCUAAAAAGUUGGCAGGUUCUGAACUCUUCACCAAAGUCAAAGAAACAUGUCAGAGACUUUUAGAAAAACCCAAAGAUACAGACAGUCUUUUUGAACAUGAAUUGGGGGCUCUCAACAUGGCUGCAUUACUACGAAAAGAGGAGCGAGCAAGUCUUCUUAGUAAUCUCGGGCCAUGUUGUAAAGCGUUAUGCUUCAGACGGGAUUCAGCAAUCCGGAAGCAGCUUGUUAAAAACGAGAAGGGCACUGUAAAGCAAGCGUACACGAACGCUCCAGUGGUAGACAAUGAAUUACUGCGAUUGAGUCUUCGGUUAUUUAAGAAGAAGACCACUUGUCAUGCCCCAGGCCCCGAGAAGGCUGAAGAUCAUAAACUCUCGCAGUCCAGUGUCCAGCAGGAACUGUGUGUGUCGUAGGACUGAAGUUAAAUGACAGUUUUGGUACUCUCUUCAGGAUUACACAUUCUUUUUCAGAGUUCUUUCGUUAGACAAACAUUCGCAACAGGCAGAAAAGAUUUAUCAGCCAUGGUAAAAGAGUGAAGAACAACUUUGAUCUAAAGUUUAAAGACACUAGUUUUGGCUAACUUAAGGUUUUACAUAAAUUUUUACAGUACUUGAUACUCAUGAGAAAUAAUGUGAAAACAUCUAGAUUUAGUUUAUUCUGUACUUUUUGUUAAAACUGAAGAUUUUGGAAAACGGUUGCCACUGUUCAUGCAGCCUAUGAAUAUUUUUUAUGAAAUGGAGCCACUGACUUAUGUUCUGGAUCAUCCCUACAGAAACGAUCUUGUUCAGAAACGGUGUGUUCACGGAACGAAGGCACACUGCAGUGCAGAGUUCUUGGAAGUGGAUGCUGGUCCUGUGCGCCGUGGUUGUGGGCAGUCCUCCCCCAGGAGGGGCCACAGUACUUCUGUCCUUUCUAAGGUUCAAAAAAAAAAUUUACUAAUGGGUCUUUUUUUUUUAAAUAUAUAUGCAUUGUUGCAAUGUAUAUUGGAUGUAUUUGGAUUCUAAAUGUUUUGUUAUCAGAAAAUGUCUCCUGUUUUUAUUUUUAAUAAAUGUACCUUUCCUUUCCUUGUUCUAGAUUUACUUUGUUCUUCAUUGAUCUUAUUCCUAAUGUUCUGAAACAGUUGUCCUCAACAUUACAUAUUUCAAACAUUUUAUUGCUCAAGUAAAUGCAAUAGGAGUUGAGGAUAGACUUCAAGUACAGCUCAGUAAUACUGGAAACAAACCACAAGUCAAACAAACCUAUGUCAUCUGAGCUUUAAAACAGUACCAUCAUAUUUUUCAGAGCUAUAAUCUUUGAUUACACUGAACUGUCUAGUGUAUAUGUAAAAUGACUUAAUUUUUUUUUCAUUACCAUAUAUCUGUUUAUUCUGUGUAUAUAUAUGUAACUCAUGAAGGGGACUCUUAGAAGGAUUUGAAAUGGACUCCAAGCUGCAGAAUGUGUGGGCAGACAAUCAAGGAAACCAAUCAAAAUUAAUAUUUUUUUCAUUGGCUCUCACAGGUUUUUGCUCAUACUGUAAUGUAUGCUACCUGUGUCAGUAGCUUUGUACCCUCUAAAGGUAACUGUUACUGAUGUAAAAUUCCUGCUCCUUUCAAGAACUAUUUAUUGUACACUUAUAUAAGUUAUAUAAGGUACGGACCCAGCAAAGGAAAUGGGCUUAUUUUCAAGUGACUUUCAAAAGCAUGUCUAAGAAAAUGGCAAAAGAGACGGGAGAGAUGGGAGUAUCAAGAUUUUCCUGGUGUCUGUUUCCUUUUCCAGUUGGUAGAUACUUUGAAUAAAGAAGAAAUUCCUUAAUGACCCUGGAGAAUAAAUAUCCUUUAAAAAACUGACUUCCUAAUUAUAGUAGAUAAUAUCUGCUAUAGCACAAACAGUUCAAGUCCUAGAACUUCUAAUCCUGUUUCCCAGAAAUGUGGAAUAUAACUGAAGAUAAUGGUUUUUCUUUACGAAUGUUUCACAGGUUAUUUAUUUACAGAACGAAAACUAUGUGCUUAAAUUUGUCAUACAGUCCAUGUGUCGCCUUUUCGGAUUUGAGAAUCUUUUUGUUAUGAAGGAAAAUUUUAGAGCUAUUCCUGUGCACCCUUAGUCACAGUAGGCAGAGUUUCAUGUUCCCAGUGGGAAUGUACCGAUAAGUCUCAAUUUUUAAUUCACACAUUCUAUGCACUGCCAAUCAUAUACCCUUAGAGUUUUUAUUGAGUUUUCCAUAAAAGAUUUUGGACGCCAAUUAAAAGUCUCCGUGAAACCAGUAGUCCUGAAAGCAACUGCUAGGCUAGAAAUGAUUUGAUGCUAAAGUUGAAGGCGUGUUACCUCCUAACUGAUGGAUCAAGUCUGUCCAUUUGCCGUAACUGCACACACAGCUGGACUCCAGCUGCUGGUAAUAAAUGGGCAAGAGAACAUGUGCAAUCCAAAAUAAAUGAAAGUCAACACAUA